UCUUAAACUUACGUUCUUGUUUUUGUAACGACAUUGCACUUCUCUGCCGACUUGAAAAAGUCUUGCGCUUGAUUACGAAGAGAGGGCCCUCUCACAUUACUCGUUGCGUUACGCGACGGUGAUACAAAAUGACGACGCAGGCACAAGCAGCAGCAAGCUCGACGGCGGUGACGAGUCAACAAGCCACGACGGCCGUCCAAGUUCCAAGGAUAUCGAUCAAGUUUUGUACACAAUGUAAAUGGAACCUGAGAGCUGCUUAUUACGCCCAGGAACUUCUCCAAACUUUCGGUACGAGUGUAGGAGAAAUCGCACUUGUGCCAGCCACAGGAGGAAUCUUUACCGUGACAAUGACUCAUGCUGUUGCAACUUCAACUUCAACAGACUCGAAAGUCACCCAAAAGUCGGAAGAAUCUCCUGAACAAAUGGAACCGACGACGACGACAAUGACAACAACAACAGUGACAGCGACGGACACUAUACUUUGGGAUCGGAAAACUGACGGCGGGUUCCCAGAGACAAAGGAACUCAAGAGUCGAGUGAGGAACAUUAUCCAGCCAGGUCGAGAUCUGGGCCAUAUAGAUAGAAGUUUGAACAAGGCAAAGACGACGCCUCAGCAGCAAGCAAGCCAGGCUGAGGAAACAGUGAGGGAUGGCAGUUCAAACGGUAGUAAUCAGGAGACUGGUGGCGGUGAGGGAGAGGCAAAGUCAAAGAUAGAGUGCGAGGAUUGCAAGUGAGUGAGUGAGUGUGGUUUACGACGUGCAUGUUGCAAUAAAACAACACAUCAUAUCAUAUCAAAGACCAGAAUACCUUCGCAUUCAACGAUCAACUUCAAC